AUGACAAUACCAGAUCCUAUAUGGAUUUUAUUUAGUAAAUUGGGAUAUGUACCAGGAUUUAAACAAAAAAGAAGCAAAUGUGAUAAGUGUGAACAGCAAAUUAAUGAAUCAUUAAGAGCUGCCCAGAUACAUUCAGUAUCAAAUUCAUCCCUACCUUCAGCAUUAAAGCUUUAUAAAGUUAAUCAUAUUACAAAAGCAGAACAAAAGUUACUUGAAUUAGUUUUUGCAAGAUCAGUAUUUUAUUGUAGCCUAUUUUUGUCAUUACUGGAAAUGGAGACUAUUAAACUUUUGUGGAAACAAGCAAGAUCAGCAUUCAAGCUACCUAGUCGAAAAAAACUUUCGACAAAAUUAUUGGACUUUGUAUUUAAUGAGACAAAAAAUAAAGUUGAAACAUUGAUUAAUCAAUAUACAAAUAUGUGUCUUAUUUCUGAUGGAUAG